CGGCAACAUGAUGGCACCGGUUCAGCCUGGCUUGUCACCUCCUUUCCCCGGAAAGCAAGCCAACGCCGCGGAUCUUGUGCAGAGCCCGGUGUCGUUUGAAGAUGUGGUUGUGUAUUUCACUGGAGAGGAGUGGACCCUCCUGGAUGCUGGCCAAAAACUCUUCUACAGAGAGGUCAUGCUGGAGAAUUACGGGAAUGUGGCCACGUUGGAGAAUGAAAUGGCGUCGCUGGUCCAGUCCGGAUUGUCUCCCGUCCCUCCAGCAAACCAAAAAGACAUCGCGGAUGAUCUGCAGAACCCAGUAUCUCUUGAAGAUGUGGCUGUGUAUUUCACCGGAGAAGAAUGGUCCCUCCUGGAUCCAGACCAAAAAGCCUUGUACACAGAAGUCAUGCUUGAGAAUUACAAGAACGUGGCGUCGUCAGCGUGGAAGUCUGACCUCGUCUCCCAGUCAGAAGAAAAAGAAGAUUUGUGGUUCUCUCGCGUUCAGGAUGUGGACGGAGCAGAGGCGACUGAGUCAG